UUGAUCACAAGUUGUUCUGUGAAUUCGUUGUGAAAAUUAAGAGUAAAAUUGGGAAAAAAUACUACCUGCAUGUCACGAACGAGUUCAUCAUGGAUGCUGACAUAAACGAUCCUUCUUCGAAUGGUCAACCGGUAAUCAAGCAGGAACCCUUCGAAGAGCCUACUGUCAACGAAUCAGCCUCGGAAUCAGCAUCCUAUGACGAUGGAUUCAUCAGUGAGGCCUUGGUGGACUCGUUACGCAACGUACCGGAUCCCAUGUACAUGAACACACCACGGGGCCAAAAAAAUCCAAUUGUCACACUAGACUCCAUCAAAAAGGAACUUCAUUAUGAAUGUGAACUAUGUGGGAAACGUUUCCGCAAGACAGCCGAUUUUUAUCAACAUAAAAUAACCCAUGGAGAGCCUUUGAACUGUGACAUGUGCUCGGAACGGUUUUUCAAGCCAUGGGAUCUCACAAAACAUCAAAUGGAAAAGCACAGCGGUUCAACGAUGCCGAAAUGCGAAAUUUGUAGCAAAACAUUUAUAGAGCAUUGGAGGUUGCUGCGUCACUUGCGUACGCAUUCUGAUGAAAAAAAAUUCAAAUGUGACAUGUGCGAUAAAGCAUUUUCAGAGAGUGGAAAUUUAGUUAAACAUAAGAAGCAAGUACAUUCAAAAGAUCGUCCAUUUAAAUGCAAUAUUUGUGAAAAAAGUUAUCCCCAGAAAAAAGAUCUUCAAGGUCACAUGAUUGUUCACACCGUGAAGCGUUUUUCCUGUCCGUUUUGCAAGGAAGAAUUCGCACAAAUAGAAGAAAAACGUGCACAUGUGAAAACUGUCCAUCCACAUAAUUCCAACGAGAAAACUUUUUCUUGUGUGCUCUGCAAUGCUACAUUCAAUUCUAAGACGAAAUAUUCCAAUCACUACCUAACUCAUGGAGAGCGCAACUUUCAAUGCAGACACUGCACGAAGAGGUUUCAUACCAUCCCACGCUUACGGAAGCAUUUGCGAUCCCAUCGAAUUGAAGAACAUUCCAGAUGCGAAAUUUGCGAUAAAUCCUUCUCCCAAGACUGCAAUAUGAAACGACACAUCGAGGUAAUGCACAUGCGCGAUGGUCGUUUAUUUUGCCUGCACUGCUCGCAAACGUUUGAACUGGCCGAUGAGUUGCGCACCCAUCGAGAGACCGAACACACGAACGAUCGUCCCUACAAGUGUUCGUUCUGUGAGAAAGCCUUUUCUCACUUGCAAAGCCUUGCCAACCAUAGUAAAUGCCAUCGCAACCCGGAUCGUCAUUUGAAGGAGUUUAUCAAACCGAUCAAACGGAUACGUAAGGCCCCGCAAAAGUUGAAUGAUUUCGUAGAUCCCAACUCAGUUAUGCUACAGGAUGAAGGGACAAAUCCUACACAAUCAGGCGAAACAUCAAAUCUUCUCAAACUUCUGCAUGUUAAGAAAAGAGGUCGUCCUAAGAAGAAUCCGGUCACUGCAACAGUCACAUCGAAUGCAUGCGAAAAACCGUUGGUAAGUCAGACCAACUGCCAACUUUUUGAUGCUCUACAGAUCAAGAAAAGGAUUGUGGCAAGAGAAUGUGAUCGAAAUUUAGGUGAAACACCUAGUCAUGAUCAGGAAAGCCUGCUCGAACCGGUGCAUGUUAAGAAUAGAGGUCGUCCAAAGAAGAUGCUAGUUACUGCAGUAGGGCAAUUUACGGACCCAUCUAUAACACCAUUGGUGUGUCAGAAAGACCCGGAUUCAGUUGAGCAAAAUGACUCAAAGGAAACAUCAGCCACGGUUACUGAAAUCAAGCAAGAAGAAGAAGAAGAUUUGAUUGAUAUUGGACCAACUUUAAUUACGGAAAGUUAAAUGAGCAUGUGAAGUUCGAAUUUAUGUGAUUAAAGUAAUAAUGGUAAUUGUUAUUCCUAAUGCAGCUAUUUUUGAA